AUGGUAGCCUACCUACUAGGAUUUGUUAGGAGGGCAGGCGGUAAAGGGCGCCAGGUUCGUCCCCGCCCCACUAGCGUCCCUCCCGAAAAUUGCUCCAAGCUCCCCCCUUUAUAUAAAGAAAUAGUUACAAUUAUCUCAGUGCCUGAAUGCCUGAAUGAAAUGAAGGGUAAAAAUCUCUGCCAGGCGCGUCCGCGACCUCCCAGCGCUGGGUCACGUGCUUCCGCCGCCGAUAACUCACGUGCCAUGAAUUCUGUUCCGGAAUCUGGCGUCUGUCUAUUCACGGGUGACCCUCAACGAACCUCGAUAUUCAACCAAUUAUAUUCUCUGAUAUUCAUUCCUCUUCAGCUUAUGAAGGGGAGGGGUCCUCUUGAUACCCUUCCCUUCUCCUUUCCCAACGAGACACAAUCGCGUACUCCUGACCCUUCAGGAAGUCAACGAAUCCUCGACUCGGGGUCUGAUUCUAGCUUUCUUACUCCAUUACCUAUACUCUCUAUUCCCAAUACACUUACGCGUGUCGGUCCUGGGCGGGCAAAAACAUUCGUUCUAGACACCGAUAUGUCAAAGGAUGAGUUUGUCGCCUGGUGGUUGACGGGAAGAAGGAAAAGAUUAAUUGGAGUUACCAACACACAGCCAGUUGCUGGAGCCAAUUCGAUCAAGUGGCUGAAUGCCAUAAGGUUCUUAAGCAUCCAGCUAAUUGCCGCUCUGGAACAUCAUCCCUUAACAAGCAUAUGGCUGGGCCAACUUGUCGGAAGUCUUCUUCGAAAAAGUCAAAUAUAAAGCAGCUCCUAGCAAAGGCGGCGCAUAAUGUACCUUCCGAACCUAAAGUCUUUAUAUAGGGAGUAUGGGAGCAGAAGCUUCUUCGACUUCUUGCUAUAUUAUGUCUCCCCUUUCAGUUUAUCAAGCACCCCAAGUUUCAUGAGGUCAUUUCCCUUGCACGACUUGCGCUAAUACAACUAGUAAUCCCUUCUGCAAAGACAAUCUGAUCUCAGUUA